GCUCCGGUCGUUCUUUGCAAGGCCCUGGCAUCAAGCUGCAGUACCAAAGCGGUUCCCAGCCGAGGCCCAGGCCGCCAGAAGGGCGCGGCAGCUCUACUAUCUCAUGGUCAGCGACCACCGCGAGUAAUCGGCCGCGGCGUGCGCGAUGGAUUCACCACAGGGCAGCGACAGGCAAGACCCGGACACAUUAGCUAACCCCGCGGCAGCGUCAAUCGAGCCUGUAGCAGCAGCAACAGCCGCUACGGCAGCAAUAACCGCCGCGGCAGCGACAGCCGCGGCAGCAGCAGGAGUCGGAGACGCGCCUGCUUCGCCGCGCGAGCCGCCCGCACAGCGCCGCCGACUUCAGGAGCAGCCGCCGCUGUCGGAGUCGAGUGGCAGGUCGCCCACCCUGGAGCCACCGGCCGCACCGCAGCAGCAGCGGCAGCAGCAGCAGCCGGAGCAGGAGCGGCAGGAGCGGCAGCAGCAGCAGCCGGAACAGGCGGCCCCAGGGGCAACGGCGGCUCCAGGGGCAGUAGGGGCGCCAGGGGCGCCCGAGUCAGGCGCGACCGGGUCAGGGGUGGAGGAGGCAGGGGCGGAGAAGGCAGGGCCAGCGACGGCAGAGAAGGCGGCGGAGGUUCGCGGGCGCCACCCAGCCGCCUACGCGGCUCGGGGCGCCGAGAUUGCUGCUGAGGAGGAGGCACUGGCGGCGCGGCGGCGGCGGCUGCGGCGGCUCGUGGUCGGCAACACACACGCCUACGUGCCGCGGCCCGGGUCUAAUGCCAACAUCCACGAGUGGACCUUCUUCGUAAGGCUGGAGGGCGGCGGUGAGGACGAGGAGGCGGCGCUGGUGGAGCGGGUGGUGGUGCACCUGCACCCCACCUUCAACCCGCCGGUGGUGGUGCUGACGCGGCCGCCCUUCGCCGUGCGGCGGUGCGGCUGGGGCAUGUUCGUGGUGCGGGCCGAGGUGGUGUUCCGACCCCAGUGGCGCCACCCGCCGCUGUACUGCAGGUGGCUGUUGGACUUCUCCGGGGGCGACAUGGCGGAGGUGGAGUUGGAGCUGCCGGGGCCGGAGGGGCAGCUGCAGGAGCCAGAGGUGCAGGGCGGGACGCAGGGGGAGGUGCAGCAGCAGCAGCAGCAGCAGCAGCAGCAGCAGCAGCAGCAGCAGCAGCAGCAGCAGCAGCAGCAGCAGCAGCAGCAGCCACCGGGAGCGAGGGACGCAGGAGCAGGUGGGGGCACUGCGGGCCGCGCGGCAAAUGGUCUUGGUGGUGGCGGCGGCGGCAGCAGUGGCGGUGCCAGCAGCAUGGCGGGCCCGCUACCACCCGGCACGCCGGGGGGCUACGGCGGCAGCAGGGUCGGGGCCGGUGCCGGCAACGACGGCGGCGGCGGCGGCUCUGCUGGACGCGAUGCCAGCAGUGAUGCUGCAGUUAGUGCAGGUGAUGGCGGCAGGGCUGGUGGCAACGGCGGCGGCGGCGGCGCCGCCGCCCUGCAGCCCCGGCCGUCGUGGCUGUCUCCCACACUGCGCAGUCUAUUGGAGGCCGCGACACGCCGCUCUGCCGCCGCUGACAGGGCUACUGCUGGUGGCGGCGGCAGGGCAGCGCACGGUGGCGGCGGCAGGGCAGAUGGCGCAGGCAGUGAGGUUGGGUCGGUGGAGGGCGUGGUGGGAGGGGCAGGUGCCCCAGAGGCGGCGGCGGGAGCGGGGCCUCCUGUGGAGCGAGGUGGCAGUGGUGGUGGCGGCGGCGGCACGCAGGGUGAGGCAGUGUCGUAGCGGCGGCGGUACGUGCGGCUGCAGCAGCACCCCCGUCACACUGGGUAGGCGGCGGCGCUUGCCAGCGUUGCAAUCAAACUGGACUUCGCACUGGACUUUAUUUGUGUGUUGGCUCUUGGAUCUUGGCGUGCCCUGCCAUCAUCAAUUCAUCAUGUGUGGAUUGGCUGUGCCAUGAGUGUGCUUGAAGCCUUGAACGUGCGUGCCCGGCCUUCGAUGCCCUGUCGUAGCAGUGGCUGCAGCGCCGUGGCAGUUAGGAUCUUUCUCGUCAAGACCCGCCAGACUGUUGCUUCCAUCCGACCCGCCCUUGGGUGGUCGGGUCACGAGCGAGCAGCAUGGGCGAAUGCAUGCCUGUAGCGAAAAUCCGGCCCAUGCAGUCCCUUGUAGAAACCGGUGCGUCCCACCAGAUACAACGGGCACCGUUGGGGGCCAUAUCGCUGGACCUCCCGAAGACGACCGCAGCUCUGGGAUCCUGAGGAUAGCACCCCAGCGUGGCUCCUGACCAAGACUCGGGACCAGGCUGUUCCCUGUAUGCCUGUUGCAUGGACCGGGUCGGACACUAGCAGUUUGAUCGCCCAGACAGAGAACUUGCUUGUGCGGCCACAGCGCCCAGACCGUUACCAAAAGGCGGCUAGCACUGUUCUAUGACUUCCUGCUUAGCGUAGUUGUGGCGGCUUACCCCCCAAAAGGGCCUCCCAAAGGGGAUGCCACACUCCUGGGGCCCCAUGCAGCCAAGCGGUUCCGACAACAAGAACAACAACCACAACGAUUGCGGUUCCUAGAGUCGCCACAGCUACGUCCCGACAGCGCUUUUAGCAGUCAGCGACUAUGUCAGGGCAGAAGCUGUGGCCAGAGGUCAGGGCAGGAGCUGGGGCCAGGGCCGGAGCCGGGGCACAGCUGAGUCAGGGCAGGAGCUGGGGCCAGGGCCGAUGUCUACCCAUGUGCUUGAGCACUAGCACAACAACCACCUGCUCGGCAGCCCGCAGUCAGGAGUCCCCCAAUCUUACUUGCCUGGCCAUGACCCCAUGCAUGACUGAAGUUGAACUGAUGUUGAUGGGGACGGUCGGCGGUGCUGGCGCCCUGCCGGCCGGCAUGGCUGGCCCGCCCCUGCCCCCUGGCUGGCGUGUGGUGCCGGCGGCCAAGUCACUAGGGGUGCACUACGAGGAUUGGGGAGCACUUACCCCGCCAGUUACGUUUGAGGCCGUGUAGGAGUGCUUGACAAAGUCGCGCGUAUGCCCGUGUCCAUGUUUGGUCUGGCGGCCGCGGCGUCGGCUUAUGCUUUGGGCAAUAAGGUCUUGUAUCAUUUGGAAUUUGCGGGUCUUCCCCAACUAUAU